AUGUCUCUUGUCAUCUCGAAUGCUGGACGGCUGAAGCCUGAGAUUCGCCUUGCUGAGGCUGUGUCUCAAUUCAAGUCUAGCCUCUCGACUGACCAAAAGAUGCUUCUUGAUGCGAACACAUCUCAAGCCAUGAAGAACACCCCCACUCCGAGCGAUGUUAUGCGCUUUACUGCAGAGUUCAAUCGUCGUGUUUCUUCCGAGGCUGGAGGUCGUUGCUAUGGACCGCGUUUAGCGAACUUUUUGCAAGGUGUGCAGCAGUUUGCUGCUCUUGGAGAUGUUGUUGUUGGAGGUUCGCAGAACAUGAUCGCAUGUGGUGUCUGGUCACUUGUGCGCAUGUCGUUGCUGGCCACCAUAAAUAUUUCCUCAUACCUUGAGAGUUUGUCUCUCCUGUUCAUGGAGGUCGGCCGCUCAGUACCACGGAACCAAGCAAUAGCAUUGCUAUAUCCUCAAUCCCGGAAUCUUCAAGCUCAUAUGAGCGAGUACUUCAUUGUGGUAGUAAAACUUUGUCACAAGUUGAUGAGUUUUGUUCAGAAGUCAGCCUUCCAAAGACUAACCACUGCACUUGGCGACAUGGACCUCAAGACCUUUCGAACAGAGCUCGAUCUUUGGUCAGGUUUGAUCAAAGAUGAAAUGGGCUUACAAGUCGCGCAAAGAAUUGAGAGUGAAGCGUGUGACAACUCCCGGUUCAGAACUCUUUCAAAGAAUUUCUCGACAUCUUUCUCCCAAGAUCAAAAGCGCGCCAAAAAACUGCGGAUCCUCGAUCUCUGCUCCCAAUACGACUACGGAACGACCUGGAAACAAAUUCGCAAGAUCGGGAACACGCAUCUAUUUACAAAGACAGCCGACUACCAAACGUGGAAAACGAGUGUGGAAUCAUGUACACUGGUAUUCACCGGUAGAUUGGGAUCUGGGAAGUCCGUCAUGAUGGCCAACAUGGUAGAAGACCUCAACGUUCAUACUGGCGGUGCUAAAUCUACGGCGGCAUACUUCUUCUGCAAGCACGAUCUUCCAGAAAGUCUGAAAGCGCGAACGAUCAUCGGUGCGUUAGUGCGACAGGUAUUGCAACCUCUGCCGGACCUUCCGAGUCUUAAGGAAACCAAGUAUGGAAGCCUGGAUUAUGAAGACAUGUUGGAGCUGCUUCGACAUGCUCUUCCGCGCAGACACCUCACGUACUUUGUUCUGGACGGCUUGGAUUUGUGUGACGAGUCAGAGAAGGAAGAGGUAUUCCCUAUAUGUAGACUACUCCAAAAAGUAACCUCGGUGCUAAUUUGCAUCACCUAUCGACUGGAGCCGAACAUCACCUUAGGAUCCUUACACAACCGCUUCAUCGCCCCACAAGUGGUGCCUCUUCCUGAUAACCAGUCGGAUAUCGAGACCUUCAUACAAGCGGAACUGGAGCGUUGUCUGGAGCGGCGUGUCCUAAAUAUAGGAGAGCCUAGACUCAUACUAGACAUUCAGGAUGCACUUUCAAAAGGAUCGCAGGGAAUGUUCCUUUAG